CCGAUGGCGUCCGACAGCCCCGCUGACUCACUGGCCAUCGCUAGCAUUCCGAGCCGUGUCGGGCGGAGGCCCCGGCCUAAUCACUGGCCGCCGACAUUCCACCCGGGAACUCCUUCCCCGCCCUCUUCCCGCGCCCUUAUAAGGCCGAGUCCAGGGGUGCUUUAGGGAUACGGGGCGCCUCCUCGUCCCUGCAACACCAGCGGCCACUUUAAGGCAGGUCGCGCUCCUGCAAGGGCCGAGGCGGAAGCCGCCCCCAAAGUGUCGCGAGAACUGUAGCCCGCGCCGACUUCUCGCGAUGUUUGGCCCCGCGAAGGGUGGCCAUUUUGGAGUCCACCCGGCGGCUGGUUGCCCCGGCGGCGUCUCGCCUCCUGCGGCCGCCACCAAGGCUGGCCCCGGGGGUGUCUGGCCUGUGGGCGGCCAGUCCGACACGAUGUGGCGGCUGCGCUGCAAGGCCAAGGAUGGCACCCAUGUUUUGCAGGGGCUGUCCAGCCGAACCCGGGUGCGAGAACUCCAGGGCCAAAUUGCCGCCAUCACCGGGAUCGCCCCCGGCGGUCAGCGAAUCCUCGUCGGCUUUCCGCCCGAGUGCCUGGAUCUCAGCGACGGGGACACCGUUCUGGGGGACCUGCCCAUCCAGUCAGGCGACAUGCUGAUCGUCGAAGAAGACCAAACCAGGCCCAAAGCUUCACCUGCAUUCUCAAAACACGGUGCUCCUAGCUAUGUCAGGGAAACGUUGCCUGUGCUUACCAGGACUGUGGUCCCAGCAGACAACUCCUGCCUCUUCACCAGCGUGUACUAUGUGGUUGAAGGAGGCGUCCUGGAUCCAGCUUGCGCCCCUGAGAUGAGACGCCUCAUAGCACAGAUCGUAGCGAGCGAUCCAGACUUCUACAGUGAGGCCAUACUGGGAAAAACAAAUCAAGAGUACUGUGACUGGAUCAAAAGGGAUGAUACUUGGGGAGGAGCGAUUGAGAUCUCCAUCUUGUCUAAAUUUUACCAGUGUGAAAUCUGUGUAGUGGAUACACAGACGGUAAGAAUCGAUCGCUUUGGGGAAGACGCAGGGUAUACCAAAAGGGUCCUGCUAAUUUAUGAUGGCAUCCACUACGACCCGCUGCAGCGAGACUUCCCGGAUCCAGACACGCCGCCUCUGACCAUCUUCUCCUCGAAUGAUGACAUUGUCCUCGUACAAGCACUGGAACUAGCAGAUGAAGCUAGAAGAAAGAGACAGUUUACCGACGUCAACCGCUUCACCCUGCGAUGCAUGGUGUGUCAGAAGGGGCUGACUGGACAGGCAGAGGCAAGGGAGCAUGCCAAGGAGACAGGCCACACCAACUUUGGAGAAGUGUGAUCUAUGCAUGAUGAGGGUGGAAGCCUACUACCUCACAGAUCCAGAAGGCUCUGGGUUUUCCAAUAAGCUAUUCCUGACCCUAAAGAACAAAGGACACAAUGCUUGAACCACACCUUGAACUUGAAACCACUAAGACACUGAAAUUCCUUGUUAAGAUUAAAAUUAGUGUGCAAGUUUACAGAUGUGUGUCUACAGUGGUGAUGCCUGCCCUCUUUCCACGGGGGUGACAGAACAGGUGGCCCCCCACCUGCUGGAGAUUGAGUUUCAGUAUUACAAACUAGCACCCGCAGCUUUCACCCGUAGAAGAAGAGAACACCACAUUUCGAGUAACGUUGACAGCCUCUUGUGAGGCCCGGACGUGUACCAGUGUCUCCAGUAAUUGAGUCCUUUUAACAACUCUGAGUGAGUUAAUAGUUUCUAAAUUAUGAAUUGAUUUAUCAAACGAAGAAACUCAGAAUUGUCAAAACUGAUUUUAUAUUGCCAUCUGGUAGACUUUUUCAGUGUGUACUGAACCACGUCUGAGUACAUAACGAGCAGUCUUGACAGGGCUGAGUACGUUCCUAGAGAAUGUCGCUGACAGCAGGAGCGCCAGUGUCCUGCUGCGGAUUGCUGGUGUGUGAAGUAGAAUGUAUGAGGAAAAGGUGCCUGAAGCAGCUCCCUGCGGCUUCCAAGGACGUCAGCCUCGUGUGUCAAUGCACUUCCUGUGCUGGUCUUUGUCACGUUGGGUACAAUUUUAAAAUUAAGCAGGGUAAUUUUUUUUUUUUUUAAUCAGAGUUCCUUGAAAUUCCAGUAUUUGACUUUUGCUUUCUUUACAUAAAAAUUUGGAGGGAUGUAAUUUCCUCAGCUUUUUGUUAAGAGCACUUCCUCCAAAAAACAUCUUCAUCCAAAGUGAGAAUGCUAUGCUUCGGCUUGUGUUUUACAAGACUUUGCAUACCUAAACAGUGUUUGGUGUUGUGCCAGCCCUGUCCCUCCACUAACACUCUUUUGAAUAAUUCCAUAUUUCUGCAAAUUAGCACUUUGCUUAAUCUGUGAUCUUGUACUUUGAAACAUUUUCAAAGUAAUUGGGAUAAUGCUGUUGAAUGAAUUUGUUUCUCUUCCAAAAUAUGAAAGUUUUAAAACCCUUGCCUUAUUCAGCUUUCUCUGACUUCUGCUUCUUCCUACUUGCGUAGAUGUGCAGCCAUUUGCUUGGCGGCCUGGUCGCUGAGGCACAAGGCAUGCCCUCUGACACGUGACUGCACUCCAAGAUCUUCCACAUAAGAUUUUCUACCUCUUUUCUUAAUUCCUAUGAAGAUCAGGGAUGCUAAGUUAGAGUUUGUUAUGUAUUAUCUCACACCAUGUGAAGAAGCUUAAUGUUGUGAAGUUAGUUUUGAUGAAGUAUCUCUUAGGAAACCUAUGGUAUACUCUAAAGCACUUAAUAUCUCUUCAGCAUAUAGUCUCAGCAGAUGUUUUUAGAAUUGAGUUUUACUUUUAGCAUUAACACUCGGUGAAGGUGACCAUGUGAACAAUUUAGGGGGAAAAUACUUGAAGGAACAAUUCACAAGAAAUGAUUCAAAUCAUGAAAUGAGGUUGCUGGAGUACCUCUUGAGUGCAUAUCUGUUUUAGGUAUUAUAAGUUAUUAUGGUCAGUAUAACUAAAAAGUGUUUCAUUUUCUAUUUUCUGAGCCUUAAAAAUAGCACUUGUGAGCUUACAAUAACGUUUGGCAAUCAUGUUACAUGUGAAUGAAUAUGGUUGAAGUUCUGUCCCUAUCAUCUGGUCUAGAUGAUUUUUGUAUGAUUUUUAUUUUCCUCAAAAAAAGAUGAAAUUUAAAAAUAUACUUUAUGAACAUGCCACCAGGUGACAUUGACCCGAUUGAGCUUUCUGCAUCGUUAGUCACUAAGCUGUCUUCCCUUUGCCAUUUCCGGAGCCACAUUUGAUAAUUGCUUACUGAAAUUUUAGAUCUAGAAAUUGAUUCGUGCAACAAAUAUUUAUUCAGUAUUUUAUCAUGUUGCAAGCAUGGUUUGAUAUGUUUCCCAACAUAAAUUUCUCGCUUUAAAAUAGAGUAAAUAUUACCUACAAUGGAUCGAUUCAGCAAAUACAAAGGAAAGAAAUGGAGCGAGGAUAUUCGACAGCAGUAACAGCCCCUGCCCCCAACCCCCGCCCAGGGUCUUAAGAGUUUUGAUCACAUAUUGUUAAGUAUUCUUUUGGGGGAUCUUUCUUUGUCUGGGUCAACUAGGUUGUCCAGUCACCAGGUGAACCCUGAUAGUCAGGUCACUUUAAAAAAAUGACUUUUUAAAUUAUUUACUGAAAUCGGUCGUUGGUACUGUAAUAGUGUUCUGAUCAUGGAAAAUUCGAGAUGAAGCGUGAUGUGCAGCCUGUGCGGUUGAGUUAUUGAGAAUGUGAAAGCUUCUGCUCACGCUGCACUGAAGCUUAUGGUCCUGGCAGCGUUUAGAGUCUUCUUACUACGCUUAUUAAUAUUCCUUCAGUUUUUGGGUGCCAUACCAAAAGAAAAAAAAAUUUCCUUAAUUAAAAUGGACCAUUUUCAGUAGUGGAAGAAACAGAUAGAAACUGCUCCCCACACCCCAACCUGUCUUCCAUUCUCUUAUCUUUGAAUUCAAACUUAGAAUUAUUGCCAUGAAAGUGCAUUCCUAGACAGAGUGCAGGUCAAAUUCAUGUCCCUUUGGGGGCCUCGUGAUGUGAUAGCCAUGUGAAGACAGCAGUAUGUUGUGCAUCUUGUGCUCAUGGUUCAUUGUUGAUUUCAUGUUCACCAUGAAAGAGAAGUGGGUGUAGUCAGGUGGCGGCAUACCCUUGAAGCUUGGCUGCUGGUCAGCUUGGGUCUGUUGUUAAGAAUUAAUGCAGUCAUGCCACUUGAUUUCCAUUGAAGUUCAAGACCCAGCAGAAUCAUAAACAGGAAUUAACAUUGCAUUAUCUAUGUGUUUAUACCCCUAAGUGCCCAUGCCAAACUUGCUUAUCUAGCUUAUUCCUUCGGGGUGUUGCAAGUUGCUCUAGCUAAACAUAGUUUUGUGUGUCUUGAAAAAAUUAGAAUGGAGGAGUAUGUAAUAUUAAGCAACAGAGUGGCUUUUGUUUUUUUAUUUUUUGUUUUUGAUAAAUCAGGUGGCCUUCCUAAAUUCACGUAUUUUAACAUUUACAUUCUUUCAUCUGUUGACACACAUUUAUUAUUUACAGCACUUUAAAAACUAUGAAAUAAAAGUUUACAUGCUAGCCCUCCCUAGGGAUCUUGUUGACGACAUGAUACAAUCGUGAGCUGUUGGCCAUGAGCUCUUACUAAUCCACCGUCGUCAUCUGUGGAGGUAUACCGAGUGACACAUUCAACAUUCUAAUGUUUUGAUAACCACAGAACUCAGUUUCAGUAACUCUUAGCAUGAUCUGUGUCCUAACACUAAAAUGUUAUGACUACAAUGUGGUUGUCCAUUAUCAUUCAUUGUGUGGUGCAGUAUUCAAAUUUGUCCUCUGCACAAAGAUGACAACUUCUAAAAGAUUAGAUUCUUAAGCUUCUUAGUUUGUUCCUAAGCAAACUUACUUUAAGGAACCUAAUUUUUGAAUCAGGCCUUAAAAGUCAUAUUCAAGUAACAUCGUUGUGAAGUCUAAAGUAAAACACUUGAUUUGAUUUGAAUAAGCUAAAUUUAUUAAAGAUGUUUUCUUAUUAAGCAUUAUAUUUCACAUUUAAUCAAUGUAAAAAGAAUGUGAAACUUCCCUGAUUGUGGGAAAGUGUUCUGUUUUUUCUUCUCCAAAAAGUAGCUAGCAUUUUAUUUACAGUGCUGUGAAUAUGUGGCUGAGAAAAGUUGUUAGGGUGAUACUGACUAGUGAGGUCAUGAGUUAGGUCCUGAUUCAUGUGCAUUUAAAGGACGCUGAGAACCCUCCCCUGGUAUCUCCAGAGUGAAGGGUGAAGCAGAAGAAUAGAAUGCCAUUUAAAAAAGGAGACGUCCAGAGACUGUUCCUAGUCAUGAAUUGGGCUUUUCAAGCAAUGCCUUUCUGUCACCUUAACCCUUUCACCUCCAUUUUUGGGCACAGAAUGUAGCAGGGCCAUAGGUGUAAAAGUUUGCCGUUAAAGUAUAAAACCAUAAAUAUAAGCAUUUUGCCAUGAUACCCUUUAUACUUAGAUUUCCAAAAGUACCUACAUGUAGGAGUUUAGGUACAGUGAAGCUAUGCCUUGGUCAAAUUGUGGGUAAGCAGAAGUGUUUAGAAUUUCUACUACGAUUAGAUGCGUUUGACUUUUUAACAGGUAUAAGAUAUGUAGUUUAAUUAUAGCCCAUAAGUUACUUAAAGGACCAGGGGACCUAAUUCUUGUCAUUUUCCAGUUUUCAUUGGUGCCAUUUAAGACUCCAGCUGUUUACAGGAAAUAAUAUACUUAGCAAAGUAGGUUUUUUCCUUGAAAAUUUUUGAAUUCAGCUUAAAAUAUAGAGUCUGCAGAGCUUGUCCAGUGACAGAGAAUCACAACUGUCCCGUGGUUGCUGUAUUGACACGGUCAAGGCAGGGGCUCCCAGAGCCGGAGGAAAACCACACGAAGAGACCCAUCAACUAGAUCGAGAGCUGUAGAAUGACUCAGAAAAGCAGUAGGGAGGGAAAAAUUAACAACAAGGUUGUUUCUCUUGGCCUAAAAAAUAUAUUUUUAUUAACAGAAAAUUGACAGUGUUUUCUUAUUUAAAAAAAAGUGUUUUGUCUAUUUGCCAGCAUUUUUUCAAAGUUAAUGCACUGCUGCUACCUGGAAGAUGUCUAAUUUCAUUUUGUGCAACUAUUAUGUAAUUUUGCUAUUGUCAUGAAGAUGCAUUGAUUUUAUUUAUAAGGUGUAUGAUUUUAGAUACCUGAACGCUGUAUGAAAUGACUUGUUUUAAAGGAAUAAAUCAA